AAAAUGAAGGCGUUAACAAAGUCUUACGACCUUCCCAGUGGACCGUCUCCUGUUCGUUUCCCUCUCUGCAAAAAAGUGUCACUCCCCACUCCUCCAAACCCGCCGCUGCGGCCUACGACGCCACUUACCCGUCGCCGCCUCCUCCCGGAGAAGCCCUAGGCUCUUGAGACAAUCUGUGGUUCUGCCACGGCAUAAUCAGUUGCCUUGCUUGCCACAAAAACUUCAUUGUAUCAUCUUCGAGCAGGAAGGAGAUGGAAUAACAGAGACUUCAGGAUCGAUUCCGUGCUUUCAGCCAAAAAAACCCUUCAACAUCGAACAACUUCUAUUAUAGCUUAUAGAUUCAAGAAAUGUUGCGGCGCCUCAUCAGAGCGGCCGCUUCCACUGCAACGACGUUGCAGAGAGACUCCCUGAACUUACCCAACGCUCUAAUUUCUGCAACUACAGUUGCUGCUUCUUCUUCAUAUUCUUUGAAGCUCUCGCACGCAAACUAUUCCUCGAAAAAACCCACUAAGCCCAGUGUGUCUAAGGCGAAGAAGGCUAAGACCAAGUACGAUGCCAAGGCAGACGAAUUUGCAACCGCUGCCGUGGCUGAGGCCGAAGUAUUUGAUGAGGACGACCGAGCUCGCCGCCUCGCUGAGGACGAAAAGAACAAGUCCCUUGACGUGGGUCCCAACGGCCGUCCCCUCUUCACCUCCGCCGGUUCCAUUUCUCAGCUCACCAGAAAGGACGUCUGCACUUACAUGAAAUUCAGUAUGGAAGAUUUGGAAGCAGUAUUGCUGGAGGGAGUGCCGACAGGUAUGAUGAAGGAGUUUGAGGACUCAAGGCGAAAUGCUUUGCUUAUUCGGCAUAGCUUUUUGGAUCUUCGUGAUAAUUUUAGGCGGAUUGUUGAUCCGCCAUUGUGGUCAUCUGAUGGCAAAGGUCCAAAAGUUCGGAAGCAGAUUGUUUUGGAUGGUCCAGUUAGCUGUGGGAAAAGUAUUGCACUUGCAAUGCUUGUUCACUGGGCCCGCAAUGAAGGUUGGCUGGUCUUUUAUGCCCCAAAUGGUAAAAAAUGGACUCAUGGAGGAUUUUUCUCUAAAAAUCCCCAGACUGGUCUUUGGGAUACUCCUGUUCAGGCCGCAGAAAUUCUCCAGGAUUUUAUGAAAGCGAAUGAGUCCCGCAUACAGCAAUUACCAUGCCAAAUUUUUGAACCCAUUCCCCUGGGAGAGGGUGCUGGUGUUGGAUUGAAAAAGGAGGCUGAUUCUGUGGCAAUGCCUGAAGGUUCAACACUAUAUGAUCUAGUUCAGACAGGACUAACUUACACACAUGCUGCUGUUGGCGUGGUGGUUCGUUUGAGGAAGGAGUUAUCCCUUGUGAAAGAUAUCCCUGUGCUUAUUGCAAUUGAUCAAUAUAAUAGCUGGUUUACGUUCAGUGGGUAUGAGGAACCUGUUACUCUUCGUUCUUGCCGAUCAACACAUGCCAGAGAAGUUGCAACGGUGAAUGCUUUUAGAUCUAUGAUGCACAAUGACAUGAUGGUGGGUGCCUUUUCUCAUUCAACUGCUGUUGGGAAGCUACGUAAAGAUUUGCCUGAUGUUCCUAUUGAUGCUCGUAUCAAUUUUCCUCGCUACAGUUUAGAUGAAGCUGAAGCUGUUUGCCAUUACUACCUUAGGCAAAGAAUGGUAAGUCGUGAAGUGUUCUCGGAGGAAAAUUGGAGGAAGGUAUACUACCUGUCAAAUGGAAAUGGAGCAGAGAUGAGGUGGUUAGUUCCCUUGAUGCGGUGACCACACGGUCUAUUGGUUGUUGACAUCACUCGUUUUUCGAUAUCUUAGUCAAAAUCAAUGCCAUGGUGCCCUUCUUGGAUUAAUGAGUUUAGCAGUCAUACUUUGGUCUAUUCUUGUAACUAAUUUGGUCAGUGCUAUUUGCAAUUUUGCUGCGGUGUCUGAUUUGGUUAGGGAGGGGAGCGUGUGUUCAGUUUUGCAGUGGCGUCUGACGCGUGAAGACCCCCCUACCAUACAUCGUUCAAUAUUCAUUUUGGGAGCAUCAUGGGAAAAAAUGUGGUAAUUUUUUGAAAAAUUUAUUGUAUUUGUUGGGCACCAAGUGCCUGAUUUAUGUUUACUGGUUAAUAUUGCUGUAUUGAGCUUCUCAAUCUUAAGGUAACCCUUUUUGUACCUUGUUAAAUCAGAAGUGUAAUCAGCCUAGUCUGUCUGCCAGUUGUGCUUCUGAACCAUAAUAAAGAUUAUUCUUGAGUCAAGUGGACUGCAGCUUCACAUUGCACAGCUUUCCAGUUGAAUUCAGUUGAUAUUAUAUUUGAAGUCAAA